AUGAGACUAAGAAAUGAACAAAAAAAAGAAUUUGUGAACCAAAGAGACGUUCUCUCUGUAACUAAAGCUCCCACAGCCAUAGGCAAUCCCCGUGUAUCUCCAACAAUCUCCAUCACUCUCCACCAUCCUCCAACAGUUUCCAUCAAUCUCCACCAUCCUCCACCAGUCUCUAGCAAUCCCCAUGUAUCUCCACCAGUCUCCAUCACUCUCCACCAUCCUCCACCAGUCUCCAACAAUCUCCAUCACUCUCCACCAUCCUCCAUCACUCUCCACCAUCCUCCACCAUCCUCCACCAUCCUCCACCAGUCUCCAAUAAGCUCCAACAACCUCCACCAAAGUCUAUCCAUCUCAACCAGCUUCUAUGAAUCUACACCAACAAAGUCCACGGUCUCCACCAAUCCCCAACAAUUUCCAUUAAUCUCCUCCAACCUCUACCUAUCUCUGCCAACCUCGACCUGUAUCAGGCACGUCUCUAACCCGUAUCCACUCAAUCACCCCAUAUCCACCCAGUAUCCAACCUGUAUCCACACCGUACCCAUCCCGUAUCCUCCCCAUAUCUAA